AUGAGCACAUUUGGACGCUUCUUUCGAGUCACAACCUUUGGUGAAUCCCAUUGCAAAGGCGUAGGAUGUAUUGUAGAUGGUGUUCCACCAUCGCUUUCUCUAACAGAGGCUGAUAUUCAACCACAGCUUACACGUCGUCGUCCAGGCCAGAGCAAGCUCACCACUCCUCGCGAUGAGAAGGACAUGGUGACCAUUAUGAGUGGCACAGAGAAAGGUUUUACGCUUGGAACACCAGUGGCACUAUUUGUGCCUAAUGAGAAUGUACGUCCUACAGAUUACAAGGAAAUGGACCAAGUACCACGUCCCGGUCACGCUGACUACACAUACCAGAUGAAGUACGGUACCCGUGCCAGUAGUGGUGGUGGUCGCGCAAGUGCUCGUGAAACCAUUGGUCGUGUAGCUUCUGGUGCAAUAGCUGAGAAAUGGCUUAAGGAAAAGUUUGGCACGUCCAUUGUAUGCUGGGUCAGUUCCAUUGGUACAGUUGACAUGCCCCGUGACCUGCUGAACGAUCCAAAGAAGGCCACCUACACCCGUGAGGACGUUGAUACCAUUGGAUCGAUUCGUAUUCUGCGUGACCCUACCAAGUGGACCAAGGUAGAGGAUACUGUCAAGCAGCUGGAGCACGACAAGGCGUACGACGCCGAGUUUGUCAAGGCUGAAGCCGACCUUGCCACGCCUGCGUACAUUGACACGGAGAAGAUUGUGUACAACCGAAAGGGUGAUGUUGUAGCCACUCCAGAAAACCUGGAUGCUUGGCUUACAGAUGAUUUAAUUCCUGUGCGAUGUCCGCAUCCGCCAUCGGCUUGUGCCAUGUCUACUGUCGUGCGCACGAUGAAGGUGGAUGAGGACUCGACUGGUGGUGUAGUCACGUGUGUGAUCCGCAAUGCACCAGUGGGUCUGGGCGAACCGUGCUUUGACAAGAUGCAGGCCGUCCUGGCGCACGCCAUGAUGUCCAUCCCGGCCACCAAGGGCUUUGAAAUUGGCUCUGGGUUCUCCGGCACGAGCAAGCGUGGCUCGGAGCAUAAUGAUCCGUUCUGCGCGGGCUCAGAUGUACAGAACCCGGACAAGCUCGGUGUGACCAAGAACGAUGCUGGAGGUGUAUUGGGUGGGAUUACGAGUGGCGCUGAUAUCUACUUUCGUGUGGCCAUAAAGCCCGUCUCGACCAUCGGACGUGCGCAGCCAACGGUUGACUACGAUGGUAAGGAAACUGUACUGGAGGCUAAGGGUCGUCACGAUCCGUGUGUUCUGCCUCGCGCUGUGCCGCUUGUGGAGUCCAUGGCUGCUCUCGCCAUCGCCGAUGCCGCAUUGAUUCAGCUGGCUCGCGAUGGCAGCAAGCAGGACGAGCCUGUGCAGAAAAAGCAUAAGCUUUGA